AUGCUCAUCUGUCCCGCUCAACUAGCAAAACGUUAUGUUACCAAAGAAGAAGAACGACGAAUUUUAGCGAAGAUCAAUAACCUAAUACAAAGCAAUCAAUGGUUUGAUGCCUUACUUAGGAUUAUCGGUAACGUUUCUAGUCUGUUAAAACAUAUCUGGUUGUUUAGGUUUAACUUUAUGUGCAGUCUUAUUCUGCUUUUAGAUGAUGUUCAACAUGAACUUGAAGGCGAGCCGAAAGGUCGCACGGACAUUGGAACUAUUUCUUUACUAGUUUCAGUGAUUGUCGCCUUUGUCUUGUGUCUCGUUAUUGCCUGUUGUGUGUGCGCAUUCAGAUGUUUCGGUAAUUUGAAGUCAGACGAAAACGAUAAGGUGAGAAAAGCUGUGAAACGCGUCGACAGUCUUAGAGCAGAAGUAAUGAGACGCGGAAGUCAACUUCGACGAUCAUUUUCAAGAUCGCCGAAAUUUCCUCUCGUUAAAGAGGGAGAAGAAAUGCGAAACCAGUUUUUUUCCGAUGCUGAUACAACAGUAGUCUGA